ACAGCUGAUAAAGCGUAAUUUUUUUCACAAAUAAACAUGACAAAACGUUUAUGGGCCGAUAAAAUAAACCAUUAAAAAGGAAUGUAAAAUAAGACAUAAAAUAAUUUAAAAAUUUUCCAAAACCAAGUGAAGUUUUAAUAUGGAAGAUGAUGAUGUUGGUGUACACCGCCUCGAAGGAUCUACUGGUAAUGUACGUGGUGGGCUUGUAAUAAAGAAGCCGAAAGAUGAAACUAGCGAUAGUAAAUUCAAAGUGCCUAAACCUUCCAUACUGGGUUUGGAUCGUUUAGCUGCACAGCGCCGAAAGGAGCGCGAGGAAUCGCAGCGAUUGAUUUCCUUCAAAGACAACGAUAAUGACGAAGAUGAUCGAAAGGGUGGUGUGUCCGCAACAUCAGCUAGUGAUGAAUUUGCUUUUAAGAAACCUGACUCCAAUAGUCUACAAAAGAUGAGUAGGCAAUUGAGAGAAUCCAAAGUAGAAACUCCAUCACAUACAGGUGGCGUGUCAGAAGAAGCGAGAGAACGCUUGCGCCAACAUGUUAAACGUGACCGAGAGCGCACCACCAAAAGUGGAAUGCGUUACUCAACACGUGAUCAUAGCAAGAACGAUAACAGAGACCGUAAGACAAGUACGUCGAGUCGUGGACGAGAUCGGGAUUGUGAUCGUGAUCGUGAUCGCCGUCGUGAUAGAGACCGAAAUAGGGAAAAAGAACGUGAUCGCGAUCGUGAUAAAAGUAGGAAUCGAGGAAGGGAACGCAGUAGGAAUGACUCAGAACGUAGUGAACGAGGAGAUCGAACAUCUGUUCGUAGUGGCGAGCGUACACCACGCUUUAAAGACGAGCCACGCACACCUAUUGACAUAACGGUUAGUGGAAGUGCUUGGGACGAUGACGACAGCGACCGUCCUACACAAUCGAAGAAAUCUUCUUGGGAUUUUCCAACACCGAAAUCAUAUGCUAGUUCAGAACGUUCCGAUUGGUCUGCGCGAAGUAGCAAUACUAGUGGUAUUGGUACAAGCAGUUCGCGUAGUCGUUCUCGCCAGGAAAGGGACGAUGAUACGCCAAGACCAACGCCAGCUCAUAACUAUAAUGUUUGGGCUAAUGAUCGCAAGCGUUCUGGUGCUACACCAGCAACCGGACGUAGUAAUCGCCAACCUUGGGGUGAGAGUGAGGAAGAACGAGAUUUAUGGGAAGAAGAACAACGACGUUUAGAUCGGGAAUGGUAUAAUAUUGACGAAGGUUACGAUGAUGAAAACAAUCCAUUCACAGGUUCCAAUGCAGACUACUUCAGAAAACGGGAGGAAAUAAUCGAACAGAAACGCACCAAACGUAUUAGUGCACAGCAGCGGCAAAUUAAUAAAGAUAAUGAAUUAUGGGAGCGUAAUCGUAUGCUCACCUCUGGUGUCGUCAUGUCCAUUAACGUAAAUGAAGACUUCGACGAAGAGGCGCUGGAGCGUGUACAUUUACUGGUGCACCAUAUCAUUCCACCAUUCCUUGAUGGGCGUAUUGUAUUUACCAAACAACCAGAACCCGUUAUACCUGUAAAAGAUCCCACUUCUGAUAUGGCCCUGAUUGCACGAAAAGGCAGUGCUUUAGUGCGUGUAUACCGCGAACAAAAGGAACGCAAAAAAGCCCAAAAGAAACACUGGGAACUUGGUGGCACAAAAUUGGGUAACAUUAUGGGUAUAGAAAAGAAGGUUGAUGAAGAAGACGCCAAAUUCGAUAAAGAUACAGAUACUGCUGAUUACAGACGUGAUCAAAAAUUCGCUGAACAUAUGCGUGAUCAAGACUCUGGCGGGAAGAGUGAUUUCGCGCGCAAAAAAACAAUCUUUGAACAGCGUAGGUUUUUGCCCGUAUUUGCUGUACGACAAGAGUUGUUGAAUGUAAUAAGAGAAAAUUCAGUUGUCAUUAUUGUGGGUGAAACGGGUAGCGGUAAAACUACCCAAUUAACACAGUAUUUACAUGAAGAUGGCUAUAGUAAUUUUGGCAUGAUCGGCUGCACACAACCGCGUCGUGUAGCGGCCAUGUCUGUGGCGAAGCGUGUCUCUGAUGAAAUGGGCACAAAGUUAGGUGAUGAAGUUGGUUAUGCUAUACGUUUUGAAGAUUGUACUUCUGAAAAAACUGUUAUCAAGUAUAUGACCGAUGGUAUUUUGUUACGUGAAAGUUUACGUGAUCCCGAUUUGGAUGGUUAUUCCGCUAUUAUUAUGGACGAAGCCCACGAGCGUUCACUAUCUACAGAUGUACUUUUUGGAUUAUUACGUGAGAUCGUUGCACGCCGUCAUGAUCUCAAGCUUAUUGUCACCUCAGCUACUAUGGAUUCUACGAAGUUCGCUACAUUCUUCGGUAAUGUACCAAACUUCACCAUACCCGGACGUACUUUCCCCGUCGACGUGAUGUUUAGCAAAAAUACCUGUGAGGACUAUGUGGAAUCUGCAGUGAAACAAGCACUCCAAGUGCAUCUUACACCCAACGAAGGAGAUAUGCUAUUAUUUAUGCCCGGUCAAGAGGAUAUCGAAGUGACGUGUGAAGUGUUAGCUGAACGCCUGGCGGAAAUCGACGAUGCACCAGAGCUCUCCAUAUUACCCAUCUACUCACAACUGCCAUCCGAUCUGCAGGCGAAAAUCUUUCAAAAAUCACCGGAAGGUUUACGUAAAUGUGUUGUGGCUACAAAUAUUGCCGAAACCUCGCUAACGGUGGAUGGUAUUAUUUAUGUCAUCGAUUCGGGUUACUGCAAAUUGAAGGUCUAUAAUCCACGCAUUGGUAUGGACGCGCUUCAAAUUUAUCCGAUUUCACAAGCGAAUGCAAAUCAACGUUCGGGUCGUGCCGGACGUACAGGUCCUGGACAGGCGUUCCGUUUGUAUACGCAACGUCAAUAUAAAGAGGAUCUCCUACCACUCACCGUGCCCGAGAUACAACGUACCAAUUUGGCGAAUACGGUGUUGUUACUGAAGUCGUUGGGUGUGGUGGAUCUGCUGCAGUUUCACUUUAUGGAUCCACCACCACAGGAUAAUAUCCUAAAUUCGUUAUAUCAGCUGUGGAUACUCGGCGCCCUGGAUCACACGGGCGCACUGACACCGUUGGGACGUCAAAUGGCUGAAUUUCCGCUGGAUCCGCCGCAAUGUCAAAUGUUAAUUGUCUCCUGUCAGAUGGAGUGCAGCGCCGAAGUACUUAUUAUAGUCUCUAUGCUAUCCGUGCCGUCCAUUUUUUAUCGCCCAAAGGGACGCGAAGAGGAAGCAGAUGGUGUGCGAGAGAAGUUCCAAGUGCCGGAAUCGGAUCAUCUCACCUACCUCAAUGUGUACCUGCAGUGGAAGCAAAAUAAUUACAACUCUAGCUGGUGCAAUGAGCACUUCAUACACGUCAAGGCCAUGCGCAAAGUACGCGAAGUGCGACAACAGCUCAAAGACAUCAUGAUCCAACAAAAGAUGAAUGUAAAGUCCUGCGGAACCGAUUGGGAUAUUGUACGCAAAUGCAUUUGUUCCGCUUACUUCUAUCAAGCUGCACGCCUCAAAGGUAUUGGCGAGUAUGUAAAUUUGCGUACAGGCAUGCCCUGUCAUCUGCAUCCCACGUCGGCCCUCUAUGGUCUUGGUACAACACCCGAUUAUGUUGUCUACCAUGAACUUGUGAUGACCGCGAAAGAGUAUAUGCAAUGCGCCACUGCCGUUGAUGGUUAUUGGUUAGCCGAGUUGGGCCCUAUGUUCUUCUCGGUUAAAGAGACCGGCCGUAGUGGGCGUGAGAAGAAGAAACAAGCUGCUGAGCAUUUGAAAGAAAUGGAAACUCAAAUGCAAUUGGCACAGGAACAAAUGGAGGAGCGGAAACUGCAAGCAGCUCAGCGAGAGGAGCAAAUGACGCCUAAACAGGAAAUUAUUACGCCCGGCGACGCGACACCAAGACGUACGCCAGCACGUAUUGGUUUGUAAUUUGGACGAGUUGGUAGCGGUGCAUCGGUCUACAUAGGCAAACGAGAAAAUCUGUAUUUGAUUAAGUGUCUGUUGAAAUUAAAGUAAAUAAAGUAAAUUACGUUUA